AUGGUUGAAGUUUUCGGUUGCUUCAAAGGUACAGAGGUCCCAUUUCCCAAGAAUGACACCAUCACAACGAAGAACGAACCCGUCGUGAAAGAGACUCCUAUCGAGCCAGACUGCGGCGCGUGCGACAGCGAGCACAUCUCCCACAGUCGUGAUCUCCUAUCUUAUUACAAGUUCCAUGUCAACAGCAUCGAGAACCUCAUCAACCACCACGAAGAGAUCGAACGCAAGCUCAAAGAGUCAGACCGCAAACUUAAGGAGUCCGAAACCUCCCGCAAAGCCCUUGCAGAUAGACUUGCAAACACAGAGAAUGAUCUAAGUCAGACCAAGAAGAAGCUGGCAGAGUCCGACAGCAACUUGGCCAAAGAGAGCAAGAAACUCAAAGAGACUGAAGACCGAUUGAAGGCACACCAAGACGAGCUCAAGAAGACGACAAAGGAACUCGUCAGUACGAAAAACGAGCUUGCAAAGGCCAACGAGAAAUACCAGAAGCUCGAAGUCGAGGCCAAGGCGAAGGAUGAGAAGUUGAAGACCCUUGAAGCUGAAUUGCGUUCAAAGAAGACAGAGCUUGCGGACACUAAGAACCGACUCGAGGCAUACAAGAAAGAUCUUGAGAAGACUACUCGCGAGCUCGUCAGCUCGAAGAAUGCGCUUGAGAAGGCCAAUGCGAAAUGCACUGAGCUUGACGGCAAGCUCAAGACAAAGGAGGACGAAUUGAAGAAGAAACAAAUCCAGCUUGAGAAGACAGGAAAGGACCUGUGCGAACUCCAGAAGGACUACGAGAACCUCAAAACGUCGAGCGCAAACGACUACGAGAACAUCAAUAAACAACUUGAGGAGGCCAUCGCAGCAAAACACAAGCGGGACACGGAAGCUGAUCAGGCUCGGAAGACUUCCACCAAGGAGAUGAAGGAUAUGAAGGAGAAAUAUGACGCCGAGAAGGAGCUUCUCGAUGAGAAAGUGGGACAGUUUGAACGCCAGAGAGACGAAUACAAAGCACAACUAAAUGCAAAGGGCACCGCCUUCAUCUGCGACGACAAAUCACGUAAGCGAGGAGACUUUUACCUCGACACCGUAGUCUAUGGCGGCAAGGUCAUCACGGACGUGAAAAUCCUUGCGAAGAUCCUCGAACAUGCGCAGGGCGGAAAGGAAUUCACGAUCACGAACGACUUUAUGGGCGGAGAUCCAUGGAGGCAUGAGACCAAGAGCUUCACUGCCGUCUAUGCUGUGGGUGGAAAGGGACCGUUCAAGUAUAUCAAUGUGAGGGAGCAUGAGAAGGCCAAGUUCGUGAAGUGA